UGAACUUUAUGACGCUCCGUAGUGUAACUAGGAAAGGAAUUGGUUACUAUGCGAAACGGGAAGAGAAAGAAAUGCAAGGAUUUUCUCCAGCAAGUUGACAUAGCUCGCUAAUAAUUUUCGAAUUAUAUUUAGGAGAGAGAACGUAGACGGAUCUAUGGCUAUACCAACCAUCUCUGCCCACUGGCCAAGUCGAGUUCGUACUCUGGAAAGCCAAAUGGUGCGGCAGCGGGAACAGGAGGCACGUUGGCGGCAGCAAUGGGAGCUGCACUCGAAGUACUACAGACAACAGACCGUCGUAAGCAGCAAACAGGCAUACUGGAGUUCUCGUCGAUCAUACCAGCAAAGUAUGUCAGCAUACCACAAAGAGAGACUGGAGGAAGAGAAGAAGGUGUGCCUGGAGCAACGCAGGGAGCGUCUCAGGAUCCUCCUGCAGGAGGAGCGGGACCAGCUGGAGGCUGAAUUGCGGAGUGUUGUCCCUGACCGAAGCACACUGGCCAGGCAGCUGCUGGACAAAACUGAAGCACUCCGCUCUGCUCGAGAGGAACGAAGGAAAAAGCUGGCAGAAGAGCUGUUGAAGGUGCACUGGAAAAAAACCCACCCAGAGUUGCGGAAGGUCGAGUCAACGUUACAUAAAGAUCAUGUCGUGAGCCAAUGGCACACACAGACCUUGGAGAAGCAGCAGCACAAGGAGGCAGCCCAGGAGGAGAGGAGGCGCUUUGAGAACGAAUACGAGAGGAGUCGGCUGGAGGCCCUGGAGAGGAUCAAGCAAGCCGAGGAAAAAAGGAAAGCACAGGACAGGGAGAGAGCUGAGGAGCUCCACAAACAGAUGGAAGAACUCAAGCUCCGGGAGAAGGAGGCCAGCUUACUUAAGAAGGAGCAGGAGGCCCUCCUGUCCCAGCGCUGGGAGGUGGAGAAGUUGGAAGAGGAGCGGAAGAAAGUGGAGGAGUGCCGCAAGAAGUCUGAAAUGAGGAGAUUCCUGACCCGUCAGUACCGUGCCCAGCUGAAGAGGAGAGCGCAGCAGGUGCAGGAGGAGCUGGAGGCGGACCGCAGGAUAUUGGCAGCCCUAAUGGAGGGGGAGCAAGAAGACCAGCGGCUAGAAAGUCAACGGCGGGAGAGGGCGGUGGCAGAUGCUGCCUGGAUGAAGCAGGUCAUCGAGGAACAGCUCCAGCUGGAGAAGGAGAGGGAGGCAGAGUUUGAUGUCCUGUACAGGGAGGAGGCCCAGCGCGUUUGGGAGAAGCGGGAGGCAGAGUGGGAGAAGGAGAGGCGAGCCAGGGAGAGGCUCAUGCAGGAGGUUCUGACAGGCAGACAGCAGCAACUAGACCUGAAGAUGCAGGAGAACCGUCAGGCUCAGGAGGAGUCUCUACAAAGGCGUGAGGAGCUGAUCCAUGAGCUGGAGUUGGAGCGAGAGACCAGGCGCAAAGAGAGGGAGGAGCAGGAGGGAUAUAGGACAGCUCGGAUGCAGGAUAUUACUGCACAGGUGGAGCAACGGCGACUGGAGCAACAGGAGGAACAGCAGCGAAGGGAGCAGACCGAGGAGGAGGAGAGGAUGGCCCUAAGGUUGCAGGAGGAAGAGCUGAGGCUGGAGACACAGAGGAUGGCCCAGUUGGGAUACCAGGACAAGAUUCGUGGCAGACCCCGAUCAGCCUGGACUUGAGGACCCCGUGAGGCCAAAAGUGACGCUGCACAAUCAUGUUUGUGUACACACCUGUACAAAGAAUUAGGUGUAAAUAAUGAGUUGAACUUUUAUCAAGUAUUCCAACACCAUGCAUAGGAUUGUUUCCAUGUGUGGUGCUUGUAGAGGUUGUUACAAAUCGGUAAGAGGAAUGGGGUUACAAACGUAGUGCCUUUCAUAUUUUUUUUCAUCAUUCUUGGUUCCUUGAAUAAAAACAUUUGUAAUUUC